CACAGUACGCGUUACAUCCGGUUGAGCCUGCUGCUGUCGGAAGGGAAAAGAAGUAAGAGAAGUCCAAAUGGAGCCUAAAAAGAAGUUGAUAAACUCAGUGGACAGCUGUGUGGACGAGGCUCUCUGUGGCCUGGUGAGGGCCAGUGGGGGCCUGUCUCUGCUGAGGGGCCACAGAGUUGUGCUUCGGGCCGACCUGGACAACCUGAAGGGCAAAGUGGCCCUGCUGUCCGGAGGGGGGUCGGGACACGAGCCGGCACACGGGGGUUAUCUUGGUGCAGGUAUGCUGUCAGCCGCUGUAGCAGGAGGAGUGUUUGCUUCUCCACCUCCUGCCAGCAUCCUGGCUGCCAUUCUCUGCUUGCACCAUGCAGGAGCCUCCGGAGUCCUUCUCAUUGUGAAGAACUACACCGGCGACCGCCUUAACUUUGGAUUGGCUGCAGAACAGGCCCGUAACCAUGGCGUCCUUGUUGACAUGGUGAUAGUUGCCGAGGACUGCGCCUUUGACCAACCCAGUAAGGCCGGCAGGAGAGGCUUGUGUGGCACCAUCUUCAUUCACAAGCUGGCAGGUGCCUUAGCAGAAGAAGGCUGCCCAUUGGACCAGAUUGUUUCCAAGGUGACGGAGGUUUUAAAGGGGAUCGGUACGCUGGGGGUGAGUCUGUCUCCGUGCAGCGUUCCAGGCUGCCUGCCUUCUUUCGACCUGCCGCCAGGAGACAUGGAGCUGGGACUGGGGAUCCACGGUGAGCCUGGAAUCAAAAGGUUAAAGGUAGCAUCUGCAGAUGAGUUGGUGAAGACCAUGAUAGAUCACAUAACCAACCCUGACAGCCAAUCACAUCUGCCUCUGAAAUCAGGAGACAGUGUGGUUGUGUGUGUGAACAACCUCGGGGCUCUGUCUUGUCUGGAGAUGGCUGUGGUUACUGGAGCGGCCAUCAUCUGUCUGGAGAAUCGGGGUGUGGUGGUUGCCAGGGUGAUGUCGGGGUCGUUCAUGACAUCGCUGGAGAUGGCGGGAGUGUCGCUGACCCUGAUGAGGGCCGACCAGGAAACACUGAGACUGUUUGAUGCUAAGACCAGCGCCCCCGCCUGGCCAAACCUCAGCAGUGUGUGUGUAAGCGGACGCAGCUACAUCACUGACCCUCAAGCCGUGAGCCCACGACCACAUGCCGACACACACUCUGAAGGGCCACUGAGUCCUGUGAUGCGUAAAGCGUUGGAGAGGGUUUGUUCCACGCUGUUGGAAAAGCAGGAAGAACUCAACUCCCUGGACCGUGCUGCAGGGGACGGAGACUGUGGGAACACUCAUGCACAGGCUGCUAAAGCCAUUCGGGAGUGGCUCCAGGACCAUGUGGUCCCUGAUUGCCCCGGCCAACUGUUAUCAGUCCUCGCUGGAUUGGUGCAGGAGAAGAUGGGCGGGUCUUCAGGAGCGCUGUACAGUCUGUUCCUGACUGCAGCCGCUGCUCGCGUGACUGAGGGGCAGAACAUCGCUGCAGCCUGGGCAAGUGCAAUGCAUGCUGGGACACAGGCGAUUAGGAGGUAUGGUGGUGCUGACCCUGGAGACAGAACGAUGUUGGAUGCAUUGUGUCCUGCUGUGGAUGAGCUGAUGAAGCUAACAACAGCACCGCCUGUUGGACAGAUGGCAGUACUCCAGAAUGCUGUGCAGAAAGCAUCCUCAGGGGCAGAGUCAACCCGUAACCUCACAGCAAUGGCGGGGCGAGCCAGCUACAUUGCAGCCGAGCGGGUCACCCUGCCCGACCCCGGCGCCAUGGCUGUAGCCGCCAUCCUGAGAGCCGUGCUGGAGUCGCUGGAAGGGCAGAAGUAAUCCAGUAGAUAGGAAUAAUCUGCUCUGGUACUAUCACCACACUAAUAACUACCAGAACAACGCUAUAAUGCCUCCAUAACAAAGACAAAUCUGUGAUUUUUAAACCUCUUUGAAGCAAAUUUACAUGCAGCAAAUUAACAGAAACUUGGAAAUUUGGCGCCUGAAAGACAAAGUCUCUCUAAAACUUGACAAUAUGCUUUAGAAAAUUGUCAGCAGUGAUGUAAGGUACGCACACGGUUUAGUAAAUGGUCAAAAACAAGAAAAUAACGCUUGUAGCAAGAGAGAUUUGUGUAAAUCAUGAAUUUAACAUUCCUCGUUACUACUAAU